GAUUAAGAUGGCGUCUCAGCAGCAGCAGUCCGGCGGGCUGAUGUCUCAGCCCGGUUUACAGCCUACUUCAUUACAACAACAACAACAACAACAGCAGCAAUUGAGCCAGCAACAAGACUUCGAUCCAGUACAUAAAUUUAAGAUGCUUAUCCCACAAUUAAAAGAGAGUUUGCAGAAUCUCAUGAAGAUCGCAUCCCUGAAUUUUGCCCAUAACACCACAAUUGACAACGGCAUCAAAAGCAGCGACACCUCCGUUCAGCGCUUUGACAAGAGCCUCGAGGAGUUUUAUGCUCUCUGCGAUCAACUGGAGCUGUGUUUGCGGCUGGCAUAUGAGUGCCUCUCUCAGAGCAUCGACAGCGCCAAACAUUCACCCAACCUGGUCCCAACCGCCACCAAGCCAGACACAGUGCAGACAGAGUCCAUGUCUUACACCCAAUACCUCGGCAUGAUCAAGUCUCAGAUCUCCUGUGCCAAAGAUAUCCACAACGCUUUGCUGGAGUGCUCCAAGAAGAUCUCCGGGAAGGGACCGCCUCAGGGAAUCAUGUAGAGCCGAAUAAACUAUCCCAAAUCUUUCUACAUCUGAUGAUGAUUGAUGUCUUAUAUGAGCUCUUCCAAUAUUCACGUCUACAUUUUUCAAGAUCCUGUAUAUUAGGUUAUGAUUAUUAUUAUUUUUUGUAAGUUAUGUCUCUUGUAAAAGCUGUGUAAAUAUAUCAGAUAAAUAGUAAUGCUCUAAGAUGACCAGAGGGUGGUGGUAGAGUUGUAACUGCCAACUCAAUAUUCACAAGUCUUUAGUAGCUUAUUUGUAUUGAAUAUUAAAACCUUUUUACUGUUUCUUAUGUAAAAAAAAAAAAAA